AUGAUACGUAAGCCGUCUGUUUUUUUCAUCAUAUUCUUACUCGACGUGGUGACAUCGGCUAGUUUACGACGAGGUAUAAUAUCGACUCACCAAACGCUCCCGUAUUGCGGACCGAACACAAUAAGGACGGAAUGUGGAAAUCCCUGUCAAUUCACAUGCGGUCAACUCAAGCCAAAAUAUUGUCCCAGGGUUUGUAUACCUGACGGAUGUGUGUGCAAGCCAGGAUACGUUAGACGCGACGAAAACGGUCCUUGCAUUCCCGAAUCAUGGUGUACAGUGGUGGCAGAGAAGUGGAAUUGGAUCCAACGUCCUCGACCGAGACCCAGAGGCGAAAUGGCCGGACCAAAGAACACGUGGAAACACUAACUGUGAAUACUGUAAACGAAUGGCACGUACGAAGAGUCGUUGGAAAUCUGUCCAAAUGAAUCCUUUCGGGAAUGGGAUUAAAUAUUUUGUG